UAAAUACUUUUGCAUCAUUCAAUCAAAUCAAUUUUAAUUUAGACGGCUCCAACCCAAUACCGGUCCAUGAACACCCCGCAUUUUAACGUUGUCAUAGAUUCCUUCCGGAUCCAGGUCUUUCUGAUUAUCGGCAAUUCAGCGUUCUGCGGACGUCAGAGCGGACACGAGAGAGAGAGAGAGAUGAGUCUGCAUCUUGCACUAAAACUUCUAUUAUUUCUUCUUCCUUUGGUUUCGGGGGAACAGCUUAGCUCCAAAGAAUGCGAGAAUCUAGGGUUUACGGGUCUUGCUCUCUGUUCCGACUGCAACACGUUUGCCGAGUAUGUCAAGAACGAAGAAUUGGUGUCAGAUUGUAAGAAGUGUUGUACAGAAGAUUCUGAUGAUUCCAUGAGCAAGUUUUCACAAGAGGAAUGUGUUCGUUCCAGUAAUAUUUUUGUCGGUCUCAUGGAAAUGGAAGUAUGUCAUGGGAAUGUUAGGAAAGUUGACAACUGGAAACGUGAACAUUUGCUGCACUUCCUAAGAGAGAAGGUCAAGCCUAGUUCAUCUGCAAUUUGAGACCAGAUCAAAUUAAGCCUUGUUCAUCUGCAAUUUUAAUCCUCUUCGUUCUGCUUGAUCUUAUUAUUAAUAAUUUUUUGGGGGGUUUCAUUUUAAAUGGAAAAUCACCUCAGCUCUUAAUUAAGAUAUAUAGAUCAAAACUCAAAAGCAGUGGACUUCCAUAUUAGAAAGGUGAGAGGAUUAUAAAUUCGUACCUACAGUUUGAAGUUAAUGUUGCCAGUUCCUUAA